UUCCUCCCUCGCGCUGACACUCCCGCCUUCGCCCGGCCCUCCCCGCGCUUUACGGCCCGGCACGCCACUUUUACUGCAGUCGCUCCCGCCGCCGCCGUUGCCCCCGCCGCCGCGGCUGCUGCAGCUCGGGUCCCUUCUGCGGUGCCGCAGGGAGGCCGCCCGGGCCAGGCGAGCCGAACCAAUGCUGGACCUGGAGGUAGUGCCCGAACGCUCUCUGGGGAACGAGCAAUGGGAAUUCACGCUGGGAAUGCCUCUGGCUCAGGCAGUAGCCAUUCUUCAGAAGCACUGUCGCAUCAUCAAAAACGUCCAGGUUCUCUACAGUGAACAGUCUCCUCUAAGCCAUGACCUCAUUCUUAACCUGACUCAGGACGGAAUCAAACUAAUGUUUGAUGCUUUCAAUCAGAGACUUAAGGUGAUCGAAGUAUAUGAUUUGACUAAAGUAAAGUUAAAAUAUUGUGGCGUGCAUUUUAAUUCUCAGGCCAUAGCUCCUACCAUUGAACAGAUUGACCAGUCUUUUGGCGCAACCCAUCCUGGAGUGUACAACUCCGCUGAGCAGCUCUUCCAUCUCAACUUCAGAGGACUGUCUUUCUCUUUUCAGUUAGACUCAUGGACUGAGGCUCCAAAGUAUGAGCCCAAUUUUGCCCAUGGCCUGGCUUCUCUCCAGAUACCCCAUGGAGCAACUGUAAAACGAAUGUAUAUCUACAGUGGCAACAGCCUACAGGAUACAAAGGCUCCCAUGAUGCCUCUGAGCUGUUUCCUGGGCAAUGUCUAUGCUGAGAGUGUAGAUGUUCUUCGAGACGGAACUGGACCUGCAGGUUUACGACUUCGCCUACUUGCUGCAGGUUGUGGACCUGGCCUAUUAGCAGAUGCCAAGAUGCGGGUAUUUGAACGUUCAGUGUAUUUUGGUGAUUCCUGCCAAGAUGUUCUUAGCAUGCUUGGCUCUCCACACAAAGUCUUCUAUAAAUCAGAAGACAAGAUGAAAAUUCAUUCUCCUUCCCCUCAUAAACAAGUUCCAUCGAAGUGCAAUGACUACUUUUUUAACUACUUCACUCUUGGAGUGGACAUCCUCUUUGAUGCGAAUACACACAAAGUGAAGAAGUUUGUUCUACAUACCAAUUACCCUGGGCAUUAUAAUUUCAACAUUUAUCAUCGCUGUGAGUUCAAGAUCCCACUAGCCAUAAAGAAAGGGCUGGGGCCACAGGUAGGCUGUCUUCUCUUUUCAGAAAAUGCAGAUGGUCAGACAGAAACAUGCACGACCUACAGCAAGUGGGACAACAUCCAGGAGCUCCUGGGCCACCCUGUGGAGAAGCCUGUUGUCCUGCACAGGUCUUCCUCUCCAAACAACACCAACCCAUUUGGUUCCACAUUCUGCUUUGGUCUUCAGCGAAUGAUCUUUGAGGUCAUGCAGAACAACCACAUUGCCUCGGUGACCCUGUAUGGCCCCCCUAGGCCUGGUAGCCACCUGAGAACAGCAGAGCUCCCCUAGGGACACCACCACCCAUGCCCCUCUGUCCCAUGGAACUGUGCAUCACAUCCUGCUCAGUGGGCCUCUGUACCACCCUGUGGGUUUUCUUGGACACCUGGCCAGUGUUGAAGGGCUGUUGUGAUGUUCUGAGGUUGGGCUCAGGCUGGGUGCUCUGCCAUGGGCUGAGUGGCCCAGAUAUUCCUCUGUCCAUCCUUGGCCUGCUGGUGCCAGCAGGGGACACAGACUGCAAAGAGAAGCACAAAGUUUGAGCCUUGAUUCCUGGACCCAGGAGCUCUCAACUAACAAGCAAGGAGGCAGGACACGUCAACCCUUGUCCCAUGCACAUUGGGAAGACUUGGGGCUCUUUCUGUGACUGAGGACACAGGCACCCAGGAUAAGGACAAGGUCCUGCCUUUGGCCCCACAUUGCCACAUGUCCCUUAAGGCAAGCAGGUAGCGUGUCCAUAGUACUUGGUUGCGACAUUUGCACUACAUCCACUUUAGUUACUUGAUGAGCUGGCUGUGGCCAGGGUGGCCCACCUGCCCUUCCCUGUUCCUUUCUUGCACGCGCUCCCUGCCUGGGCACACCAAACUGGUUGAAACACAGCUUUCUACCAUCCAGGUACAUGCCCAGGCCUGGUUCUCACCCCUGUUGGAGUCAGCUUUCAAGAUUGCCUGUGUCCCUGCUCUGCCCCAUCCUGGCUGGCAGGGCUGCAUGUUUCCAUCCUGUUUGCCUCUUUUAUUUAAUGCCAAAGUUUUAGCCAAAGACAUCUUCCUACUUUUGUUGUGUUUCAGCAUUCUGUUCUGCACUGUGGGCUGGCUCUCUGCCGCAACCCUGGGCACUGGCCCCUGGCUGGGCCAUUUCAUGGCUCAAAGCCUCUGGGGGCUCAAGGAAGGCUGGGCUGCUCAGUCCCUUCAUGGGUCUUGCUAAUGGAAAGUAGCAUAUAUGUGCUUUAAAAAUAUUAAUCCUUUUGAAAAGAAUUGAGAAGAGAAAUGUAUAAUUUUAUCCCAUUUUUAAUAUUUUGGUCUAGCAACUUGUGAUACAUAGAUGACAAUUUUGUGAGUUUUUCAAAUGUGUGUACAGAUUUUUGUAAAUAUGACUCUUUUGUAAUUAACUCAUGUACAGCCUCAUCCUGUAUAGUUUAAUGAUGAAUGUGCAGGGGACCUGUCUCAGGCUCCUAUAUGGUUCCUGGGCCUUAUAGCCAGGUUUGUGUGGCGCUCCCAUGACUUUUGUGACUGACUGGUGUCUUCCCAUUUGGACUGUGGCCUGGCCAGAGCCCCUUGCAUAUCCCCACUGUCAGGGGCAGCCAGGACUGUUCCCAUCCUCCUGGAAUGGGGGAACCUUCCUUAUCCCCUGCCCACAUCCCCUCUCCAAUAAAGCACCUGUGCCCUCAGCAAUGGCCUGCCAUGUGCUGUUGCUGGGAUGUUUGUACCAAG